AUGAAAGUUAUAUCUUCUCGUAAUGAAAGUGAAAUACCUGUCGCCUCUUCUGCUAUUGUUGAAAACACAUUAUGUGUUCGUAAUUCAAUGCCCAUUGAAGAUUUACUAAACUCUGAAGAAGAAUGA